ACAAGUGACUUCAUGUGGGAAUGUCUUCAUGUCACACUUUACCACUUCCUGUCUGUUGCAAUCUCGCUUUGGGAACAACCAAGAUGUUCGUUUUCAACAAGUCACCAUAAAGAGAAAAUAACGACAUGUACUGAAAGCUCAACUUGCUCACUGAAGAUGAACAUCCAGGAAUUGUCAUUUUUCUGCUUCACUUUGAAGACCACAGAAGUCUUGCCCAGUGCUGGGGAAGUGGCCAUUCUGCCCUGUAAGCGGUCAACCUGCUCCGGAGUAGGCUGGUUGUACACUCGGGACGCCAUAAGGAUUGCAACCGAGGUGAAAGCCCGCCAAGUUCUGAGCGGCUCGCCCAGAACUCAUCGCCUCAGCCUGACGGACGGCUGCUCGCUGCUCAUUGACUGGGUGAUGGCGGAAGACGCUGGAACUCCUCAAUGGGAGACGCUCCCAGGCAGGAGAUGUAGAUGGCGGGCAGGAGGCCUCCGCUGGUUGGAUGAGCAAGGCAAGUCACCACAAAGGGGAAAUAAUGACAUGGACAAAAGCUCAACUUGCUCACUGAAGAUGACCACGCAGGAAUUAAUUCUUAUUUUUCUACUUCACUUUGAAGUUGUCAGCGGCGAGAGCGCAGAAGUCUUUGCCAGGGCCGGGGAUGUGGCCAUCCUUCCCUGCAAGAAUUCGGCCUGCGACCGCAUAGACUGGUUGUAUAGUCGGGACCAGAGUGGAUUGGUACGUGAGGUGAGAGAUGGCCAAGUGGUGACCAGCUCGGCCAGAAGUCAGCGCCUCAACCUGACGGAGGACUGCUCGCUGCUCAUUCACAAGGUGGUGGCGGAAGACGGCGGUUUCUUUGUGUGCAAAUCCGAUGGACAGAAGGAACGCAUCCUUGUGCUGAUGGUGAUGACAUUGACGCCGUCGUCUUCUCCAAUGGGAGACCAUCACGUGGUUCUAGAGUGUUCCCUGACCUGCUGGCCAGACAAGGCCUGUAGAUGCCUGGAAGGAGGCCUCCGCUGGUUGGACGAGCAAGGCAAGGCGCUUUCCCCGCUUCGUACUGAGCAGACCAACUGCGUCUCCUUCCUCAAAGUGAUUCCCGUCAGCUACGAAAAGAAAUACACAUGCCAGUAUGUGAAGAGUGGCGACGUGGAGGUCCAGGCCCAAUACACAGCCGCCUUGACGAAAGGGAACACAAGAGGUCCUGAAAGUCCUGGAGCGCCACCACCUGACCGCAACUUCUUCAUCAUCAUCGGCGCGGCGGGCGGCGGCAUCUUGAUACUGAUCAUCGUUGUUGUGGCCAUCAUCCUCGUUAAAAUAAAGUCAAGAAAAAACGCAGGACAUGAUGACUCCAAACAUGAAGAAAACAACGUGACCUACGCCAGCGUCAGUUAUGACCACAACACAGAAAUCACUAAGCACCAGGAUGGGUCCCCAGAAGAAACUGAGAGCGGCGUGACAUACGCUACUGUGAACCUGAAGAAGAAGAAGAAAAAGGAGGAGGAGAACGGAAAAAAACAGGUGGCUGAAGAGGGAGAGGAGGUGGUGACCUACGCCGCCGUCAGGACACCGGCCAGGAUCCCGCCUCAGCAAGAUGGCAGCCAGUGAAAAGACAAUCAACAGGAAAGGACAUGAAGGUGUCAUGUCAACAAAGUUAAGGAGCGCCAGCCUUAUCGACACACAAACACCAACACGCGCAGAAACACACAGUUUGCGGCUGUCAUCGAGUUGGAAAGACGACUCAUUUGAAUAUUUAUUCUGCGUUUGUCUGCUCAAACUCGUUAUUCUUCAAAUAAUGGUGACUUUUCAUACAACUAAAUCCCUGGCAGAGGAAACAUGUUUAAUGUUUAACACUGAAAAAAUACCGCAAGUGAUCUUUGAACCGCAUGCGAUUGGCUUUAUGGACUUUUGAUUCCAUGACAAAUCAAAGAAAUAAGCAGCCAGUCAAAGUCGUAGGAAAGUAAGUGCGAGUGAAAAGACGAUCAUUUCAAAUAGCACUGAGACCGUGGGAAGGAAAUGAAGAUGCUUGCUUUACAUGAAUGGAAAUUAAGUUAAG